CAUUAGAUCAAGGAGCUCGCCAACUCUUCCAUCAUCUUUCUCUAUCUAUAUGAGUUUGACCCGUUGCCACCUACCGGCAGCUACUUCUUUGCUCCAAUGGAGACCCCACCACCCUUCUCCUUCUUCAACCUCUAGACAGAUAAAACUUACAAGCGAAAUUAGAGCAGAAACCCAGAUCGAUCUUCAUCUCAUAAAAGCGCAGCUUAUAUAACUUUCCUGUUUCCCUUUAUUUUCUCCUUUUCUUUUUCCAGACAAAACCCUAAUCUUGAAGGAGAAAGGAGAAGCGAAAAAGGCAUAGCUUUCAGUCUCUCUCCUUUCCUCGUGCGUACAAGCUUGUGGUCCAAGAAAAGGACGGUAAAGGUGAUGGAUGGAGCUAAGAUAUAGCGUUUUUAAGAGUUGAGAUUCAUUCAUCAUCAGAGCUAGCUAGAUAGCUUUGGAGAUAUGGGUUCUCUCUUUGUUCCCAUCUUUUUAGUACACCGAGAGAGCUAAUUUCCUUUUACCUCGAUCGGUAUAGUACCUGCUUCUCCCCGGCCACUCUCUGUCUGUUUCUCUCUCUCUCUCUAUAUAUAUAUAUAUGUGUGUGUGUAUUUUCCGUUUUGGCUAUGGAUUCUGGAAACAGUGGUAGUUUGCAAUCAUCUAGCGGUGGCGAUGAAGAGUAUGAUUCGCGCGGUGAGUCCAUUUCUAAUUUUUUGAACCAGUCGGGUCAGUUUGACUCGAUUAUCUCGUCGUGUUCAAGCCCGCGGCAGCCGCAGUUCUUGUUUCAGUCGGGGAAUCCCGAUGCGACUUUUCCACAGUCACUGGGGAAUCUCAAUUCCCAAUACGGGAAUAAUCAUAAUCAUAAUCAUAAUCAUGAUUUGGUUUGGCCUGGCCGGGGGUUGAGAUCGGAGCCGGGUUUUGGUAACUUUGGGAGUUUGGUGGGGGCGGCGCCGCCGUCGUCAUCAUCGCCAUUGUCAUCAUCGGCUACUCAAGCUCUCUUGGGGGGUCAUCAAGGGGGGAUGAUUGGUGAGAGUCAUCAUCAUGGCCAGUUUUCGAGCUCGUCGUCAUCAUUGCCGACCGUACAGCCGGCGGUGGACAUGCGGGGGCCGUCGGAUGCUGUUCCUAAGAAUUCCAAGAAACGGACCAGGGCGUCGAGGAGAGCGCCGACCACGGUGCUCACGACGGACACUGCUAAUUUCCGGCAAAUGGUUCAGGAGUUCACCGGCAUCCCCACGGCGCCGUUCUCCGUCGGCUCGCCGUAUUCCCGCCGCCUGGAUCUCUUCUCCGCCGCCGGGUCCGCCAUGAGGUCGCCUCAUUUGGACGGUCUUGGACCGCUUUACCCCUUAAGGCCUUCAGCCCAAAAGGUCCAAAAUUCUCCCUUCUUGAACACAACCAUGCUGGAUGCUCUAAUGGCCGCAAACAACGCCCGGUGCGGCGGCGGCGGCGCCGUCCCAGGCUCAAAUUCAAGUAACCUCAAUCUGGGUAACACCGAUCUCGGCAUCACAAAACAAGGCCCAAAUUUGCUCAACAUGCAGAAUCAAAUCCUCCCAUUCCACCCUCUUCUACAAUCCUCAAUCAAGAAUAAUCCAUUGGGAAACAACGCUAAUGCACUGGAGUUCGGGACAAAAUCCUCCAUGGAUGACGCUUUGGGGAUCAUCAACAACGAUCCAAAUCUCGGCGGCGGCUUUCCUACCCAGCAAGGGAUAAACGACGGCGGCAAUCCGAUGAGAUUAUUCGACGGAAACAAUGGCAAUAACUACAAGCAGAAUUGUUCAACAUCUUCCCCUUCAGAAUUCCACCCUGAAAAGGGCCUGGAGAAUGUUCCCUGAUUCUUCAUAUAUAUUUAGCAUAUAUCGCCAUUUCUGUACAGUGCGCUAAAUUUAGAAGCCAAGUACGUAGCUGGAAACCAUAUUCUUAUCAGACAAAAUUGAAGAUCAACCAAGAUCAAAAGGUAUAGUAGUGUGCAUGCUUAUUCACGUACAAAUGGCCUUCAUUACUUUGUCUUUUUUCUUCUUUUUUAAUAUAAAGAUUUAGAUUUUUGUUUGACAUAUACCUUGUAAUACUAUCACACAUGUUGAUAUAGCAUGUCUUAUUCUCCAUUGUGGAUGGUGAUUAAGUUAAAUAUUUGCAGGAAUGGUUAGAGAAUUUUGGAAUUCAUUCCCAUCAUCUUUUUCUUCAAUUCUAUAUGCGCUGUGGAGAAUCUUGACACUAA